CCUUCCUUCGGGUCGGCCCUUCCAAAUCGAGAAGAGGAAUUCUUCUCCUCUUUCUUCGACUACUCCGCCACUCUGCAUCUCCUCUGUUAUUCUCGCCGGUAUCGCGCUUCGGUCUUUCCGUCAAAUCAUCUGCUUGCUUCACCUAUCCCUUCUUCUUCUUCUUCAUCGGAAAUUCUAAACCCCACUAUCUUCCCAAUCUCCGACAUUCUGCCUGCUUCCAUUUUACAUUCCCCCAUCUGACCAAUGGCUUCCUUUUCCAUCCCCUCAGGCCCAGUUGCUUCACCUCCUUCUUCUUCGUUUUCCACGAAACCAAGCUUCUCCCCAUCCUCCUGCCGCCUUCUUUCCAGAUUCUCCUUUCCCGCCUCGUCGUCAGAAUUCCCUAGCAAUGGAUUCUCCGCAGCAAUAUCCAGCAUCAGCUCCAACAACACUCUUCACAAGAUUAGGGUUGAUCUUGCAGCAGCGGCGGCAGGCAAUGCCAGUUCUGGUGCUGCGGCUCUCGGACCCUUCACUGGCAGAGAUCCGAAUGUCAAGAAGCCUGAGUGGCUCCGACAGAAAGCUCCUCAAGGACCACGGUUUGAAGAGGUCAAGAAAUCCCUCUCCAAAAACCUCAGCACUGUGUGCGAAGAGGCCCAGUGUCCAAACAUUGGGGAGUGCUGGAACGGCGGCGGGGAUGGAAUCGCUACGGCGACCAUCAUGCUUCUCGGUGAUACGUGUACCCGCGGCUGUAGGUUUUGUGCUGUCAAAACCAGCAGGAACCCUGCCCCUCCUGAUCCUGCUGAGCCUCAAAAUACUGCUGAGGCCAUCGCUUCUUGGGGCGUGGAUUACAUUGUUUUGACCAGUGUUGAUCGCGAUGAUUUGCCUGAUGGAGGGAGUGGACACUUUGCUCGCACCGUCGUGGCCCUGAAGGAACGUAAACCUGGAAUCAUGGUUGAGUGUUUGACCUCUGAUUUUCGAGGAGACUUGGAGGCUGUGGACACCCUGGUACACUCAGGAUUGGAUGUUUUUGCCCACAAUGUUGAGACCGUGAAACGCCUUCAACGAAUUGUUAGAGAUCCUCGUGCAGGGUAUGAACAAAGCUUGACUGUUUUGAGACAUGCAAAGUUGAGCAAGGAUGGUAUGAUUACUAAAACAUCUUUAAUGCUGGGACUUGGGGAAUCUGAUGACGAGUUGAAGGAAGCAAUGGCGGACUUAAGGGCUAUAGAUGUUGAUAUUCUAACACUCGGGCAGUACUUACAGCCUACUCCGCUACACUUAACGGUGAAGGAGUACGUGACACCCGAGAAAUUUGCAUUUUGGAAGGAAUACGGGGAGUCGAUUGGAUUCCGCUAUGUAGCCAGCGGGCCUCUGGUGAGAUCCUCUUAUAGAGCCGGUGAACUGUUUGUGAAGACAAUGGUGAGGGAUAAGGCUGGUUCAGCGGCUGCAACAUCCAUGGCACAGCAUGAACAGUUGAAGAUUCACAUACAAGGAAAGAUAAAAUGAAGCCAGAAUAGUGUUAUACUUGGUUUUGCUUUGAUCCUUAUUUAUUCAUGAAUCUCUUGUUAGUUUAACUUUUUAUUUAUUUAUUAAUAUUAUUAUUGUUAUCAUCAAACCCGGAAAAGCGAAGGCUAGCGAAAAUGGUGUAUUAGUACAUUGAAGGUUAUAGGUAUAAUAUGCCCCUCUACUAUGACAUUUUAUCAAACAUGCCCCUCUACUAUUUUUUACAUCAAACAUGCCCCUGUAAUUUGGAAAAACUAUCAAAC